AUGUCUAGCGCCUUCAUGACUGUGAAGAAAGGUGGCAGACAGCAGGAGCUCCAUGGCACAGGGCCACAACAGGAUAGCCGAGAGGUGUCCCUGUGGGGAUCCAUCGAGGGCAUAGCAGAAGCCAGAGCCUCAAACCAGACCCUAACUCAUUGCAAUGAAGAUUUUUCCCAGAAGUUAAAUCGUCAGCAACAGUGUGUCAAACCUCAUACCAAGGACCUCUUCUCCACUGUGGAAUCUGAUGAACAGUUAGUUCAGUCACUGUGCGAGCUAGAUGCCAGUGCGCGUCUGAGCGGAGGUGCCAGUGAGGUGCAGGUUCACGCGGGCAUCAGACUGGGUCAACUGCUAAGCACUAACCCAGCUGAUAUCAUCACUGACUUUUCACGGCUUUGUGUCUUUCAGGAGGUUCAUGAGCUAUUCCAGGACUAUGAGCUGAAGUACUGCUAUGUGGACAGGAAUAAGCGAACAGCUUUUGUGACCUUACUGAACGGGGAGCAGGCGCAGAGCGCCAUCCAGAGGUUCCAUCAGUUUUCUUUCCGAGGCCGAGAGCUGAUCGUGCAGCUGCAGCCCACAGACGCCCUCCUGUGCAUCACCAACCUGCCCAUCUCCUUCACGCUGGAAGAGUUUGAAGAGCUCGUCCGUGCGUACGGCAACAUCGAGAGGUGUUUUUUGGUCUACAGUGAAGUUACCGGCCACUCCAAAGGCUACGGGUUUGUGGAGUACAUGAAAAAGGACUUCGCUGCCAAGGCCAGACUGGAGCUGCUGGGCCGGCAGAUGGGGGCCUCGGCGCUCUUCGCACAGUGGAUGGAUGUUAACCUCUUGGCCUCGGAGCUCAUCCAUUCUAAGUGCCUUUGUAUAGAUAAACUGCCCAGUGACUACAGGGAUUCCGAAGAGCUCUUGCAACUUUUCUCUGGCAUCCAUAGGCCUGUGUUUUGCCAGCUUGCACAGGAUGAAGGCGGUCAUGGUGGUAGCUUUGCAGUGGUUGAAUAUAGCACAGCAGAGCAUGCCGAAGAGGUUCAGCAGGUGGCAGAUGGCAUUACCGUCAAGGGGAGCCAAGUCCAGCUAUCCUUCUGUGCCCCGGGAGCGCCGGGACGAAGCACUCUGGCAGCCCUCAUAGCGGCUCAGCGCGUGGGCCACUGUCUCCAGUUCCUAGUGUUCCAUCUCCUCUCAGCCUCAUGCAGAAGUGUCCGUCUUCUUCUUCAAAUGAACAGCAGCCAAAAGGGAUUACUGCCAGAGCCGAAUCCAGUACAGAUUAUGAAAAGUUUGAACAAUCCUGCCAUGCUCCAAGUUCUUCUGCAGCCCCAGCUGUGCGGACGGGCGGUUAAACCAGUUCUCGGAGUCGCACCCAGCUUGUCUCAUCUGCUGAGCCCAUCCCUCCCCUCCGCGCUACUACACUUCAGUAAAGCACAACAGAGCUCGGCUGUGGGUAGUGCGUCCCCCUUGCUCCUCCAGGCUCUGUCUCACCUCCCUUUGGUCCAGCAGCAGCUGAUGAAGUUUGAUGGCGCCCACACCAAUAAUAAGCCCGGCUUGCUCGGAGAGCCGCCCGCCAUGGUGCUGCAGCCCGCACUGGCAAUAGGGCCCCCACUCUCCCUGAAGACGGACCUGGGACACCAUGGAGACGCACACAGAACGUCUACUCUGAUUCCAACGCAAACGACACUGGCAGCCGGCCUGGGCAUGCUACCCUUCCUCCCACACCAGCUCACUGCCGGACAAGCCGGGCCGGGCCGUGGGACCACUCAGGAGAAGCAGUCGGCCUCAGCGGGCGCCACGGAAGCCAGUUUCUCAGGGUCGCAGCAGUAUCUGCAGACCUUCCCAGGCCUUCCCACUGGCGGCCCACUGACAGGCCACCAGAAGACCCAGCAGAGCCCAGCGAAAGGCCCGGAGGCCGCCUCUAAGAAUCAGACUUCACUCUUGGGAGAACCACCCAAAGAAAUUCGCCUCAGUAAGAAUCCGUAUUUGAAUCUGGCGAGUGUGUUACCCAGUGUGUGCCUAGCCACUGCAAGUAAAGGCACAUCACACAAGACUGGAAUCGCAAGCAACAUUCUGGAUGCAAUCUCCCAGGGAAGCGAGUCCCAGCAUGUCCUGGAGAAAUGCAUCGCUUAUUCGCCACCUUUCGAGGAUUAUGCCCAGGUAUCUUCUUUGAGAAAUGAGAAGCGAAGCUCCUCCUAUCUCAUCUCUGUCCCAGAAGGGGGUCCAGUAGAACUCACUGGCCAGCACCCUCAGGACACAGGAGUGAGCUACACAGAAACCUACUUGAAAAAGAAGCGUGUGUACUGAGCUCCGUGUCUGCUGCCCACUGCUGCGGUCCUCUGCAGUGUCUGCUGCCCAUCGCUGCCUUAACUUCAUUCACACUAGCCAUAUCCUUUCGAUACGGGUUUCUGACGUCCCAGAACGAACUGUCAUGCAGCAGGCAGAUCAGCCAAAUACGCAACUAGCAAUAAGAAACGUCACUGGUUGGAGGGCAUUUUCCACUAGAUUAGAUGUGUCUUAAUCCUUGUGACAGCAGCUCAGCUCACUGGAGAGUCAGCAUUCCAAUAGUCCUUGUUUUGGGCCUGGGAACAAUCUUGACAUCAUAAAGUCUGAAGCAAUAAAUGGGAAACAGUGUUUUGUUUCCUUAGCCUUAGAAUGAAUUUCUUAAAAGCCAAUGUGCAUUUACCUUACUCUCCCUAAGAACAAUCUCAUCCAUAGUCUUGAAGGACCUUUCCUCAAACUGCAAGGGUGCUGGUAUGGCCAGAUGGAUACUUGUCAUGCAAACCCCAUUAGCUCGACAGCAGUCACAAAAUACCAACCCAGUGGCAGUGACGUCACUUCAGAUGCUUGACUUCCAAGGUGUCAUCUACCACUUACACCUUUUGUGGAAAACAAAGUACUUCAGUAAAAGUAACUUUGGUUUCAUAAUACAAGGGUUAGCGAAGUACACACCAGGGCCACGUGUAGUCUGUGCUGCCCAUGAAGCAGUGGUUGCAUUUCGAAAUGCCUGGGGUAGAGGAGAACUCACAACAAGAAACUGCAAUUUUAAUGUCCCCAAGAUCUUAUUUGGAACGCAGUGAAGCUCACUCAUUUACACACUGUGUACUUUUGUGUCACAGCGGGAACUGAGUAGCCUCGACAGAACAGCACAGAGCCUGCAAAGCCUGGGACUCUCCCUUCCUUCACACAUAAGUCUGCAACUUGUCUCCCUAUUGCUUUUAUCUUAUGGUCAGACAUUCAGCCUUUGAGAGACUUGCACACGGCAAGGAGCCGAGGUUUGUGUGCCAUUUCAUAGCAUGCAGGAGUGAAGACGUAAUUGCUAGACAAGGGCUGAGACUGGGCAACACAGUUCCCACUGACAUUUCUAAGGGGCUCUGUGGGACAGUGCGUGGGACAAUUCUGAGCUGAUAAAGCUCUACCUCACUGGUUUAUUACUCAUCCUCUGGUAGUGAAGCUGAAAGAUAGCAUCUAUUUAACCCAGGUUACUUCAGAAAGAGUGUUUGUCUUUAUUAAUGUGACUUUGGAUCUCACCAUUUUAUGAAGAUCUUGGUAUAAAUUAGAAACCUCUUUCCAUCUAGAAGUUUGUUCGUUAAGAGACUACAGCUGAUGGAGUUUGGGAUCUCAAUGAUCCUACUUUAUAGGAUCAGAUCAUUAAAAUAUUUUACUUGGGAUUUAUCAUUUUUGACUAUGAUAUAGCUCUCCAGCAUUAAUUAUUAAGUCUAAAACUGGUACAUGUUAUAUGCUUUGUAAAAAUUUUACUUGGUCUAAUUUAUUGCAUAUACCAGCUUUCAUUGAAAAAUGACAGCUAAGAAGUUAAGACAAUCCUAAGCAUACUACCUAUGGCUGCCCAGGAAGAAACACACAGCAGACCAAUGGCUUCUCCAAGCCUGCACAGCCCCUUCCUUUUGCUGCCGCAUUUAGUCUCUGCAGCACUUAGUUUUACUUCGGCAAACAGUACAGGAAGGAUAGCAGCUGCUACAGUGGAGCUGUAAGGUGAGGAAAGAACUGAGAGAACUGAAAGGUGCUCUGCAUCACAGCACAUGUGGGUCUUCCUCUGUACAGCAUGUGCCCAUUAUCCCCGGACAGAAGAGAUGUACAACCCAAGUGAUGUUAGUAUAAGGUCAUUACAACCAACCCCCAAAGUCUAUGCUGUUAUUUUUCUAUGUUAAGCUAAUGGUUUGAAAUGCUUUCAAAAUGCAGAUUUAAAAUUAAAAGGCAUAUGCAUGUGAAGUCUUUAGUAUGUUUAUUUGUAUAAAGAGUAAACAAAGUGCAUAUAGAGCGGGCCACAGGUUUGACAUGUACAGCAACUAAACAAAUUUAAAUGGCAACUGUACUGUUGCUUCUAAAGAGAUCUUGAAUUCUUUCAGGGGGCUCAAAA